AUUUUGCUUGGUGUUAAUCGUUGUACAACAGAAUACUUGAAAAUAGCGAAUGAUCAAUCACAUCGUCAAAAGUUCAUUGAAGAUGCCACUGAUUUUGUUGUGCAUUACAAUUUUGACGGACUGAAUUUGAACUGGGAUCAUUCAAAGAUAUGGUUUAUAGCUUCAAACAUUCAGAACAGCUCCAUGGAAGAUAAAUUGCUCAACAAACAGAGGAUCGCAUUACUUCUGCACGAGUUGAAAGUAAAUUUUCUACCACUUCAUCGUUUUCUUAGCGCUUCAUUCACCGGGACGAAGGAAGAGCUGUUUGAAGCGCAUGACUUCACUGCCAUAACUGAAUACGUUGACUUUUUGAGUUUUACGCCCAAUAACAAUGGCGCUUCUACGGACGAAAAUGGAGUUAAUCCCAUGGAGACUUUAAAAAUUUCGAACAUAGAUGACAUAAUAAACAGUCUGAUCAAAAUGGGAGUGUCGCAAUCAAGGAUUGUGAUGCAAGUGUCGUUUUUCGGAGCUUUACUUACACCGCGACCAAACGGCAUUCCUACAAUCGAGCCCAUUGGAUACAACGAGAUAUGUGCUGAGUUCGAAGAUCUGUCUCACCAAAAAUCCGCAUGGAACAUUAAUUUCGAUCCAAAAAACAGUUUGACUGUUGCUAACCACAUGCAAGAUGGACGCAGCAUUAUAUUCGUUCGAUUGCUC